AUGACCACCGAGCUGUUGGCCACCGGACUCUCGCUCAUCGGGCUCCAGUUGAUAUCCCGGCUGCUGACCUUCAUCCUCAACCAGACCCUCGUCCGUGUGGCUUCGCCCGAGGCACUCGGCACGGUCUCGAUCCAGUUCGAGGUGCUCAUCAACACUGUCCUUUUCUUCAGUCGGGAGGGCGUUCGCGGUGGACUGUCGAGGACUCAGGAUGAGUUCACCCGACUAUCCAGCCCUGGCCUGUCCUCCGACCAAAAACAUCUUCCUCACGGAAGCCCCUCAUCGAUAACGCGUCGCCAGCAGAUAGUCAAUGCCUGCUUCCUACCGAUACCUAUCGGAAUACCAUUCUCAUUAAUCCUGUUUCUCCUCUAUCGGCUCACGGUUCAUGCGGCAACAGCACAGCAGCCCCACUUCCAAACCGCCCUGCUGUUCUACCUGCUGGCCGUUCUAUGCGAACUAGUCUCAGAGCCGGCAUACAUCCACCUGAUCCUGGCCGGCCAGACCCGUCGUAGGGUCAAGGUAGAAGGCACGGCGGUGUCCGUCAAGACCGUCAUCACCCUCUUCGUGGUCCUGUUUGGUUAUCACCACGGCCGCGAUUGGGGGUUGUUGGGCUUUGCGACUGGCCAAUUGGCUUACAGCUUGUCACUGGCAAUCUGUUUCUGGAGCCCCCACUUUCGAUCCCGAUCAGGGGAUCCUGAAACUACCAAACAGGCUCUGUUGUAUCCCCGUCGUACCGACGAUUCUCAGGGAAAACCAAUCAAACCCGUUUCUUUAGAAUCGUGGGUCGCCAAAUCAGACUUGAGCCUCUGCUACGCGCUCACCCGCCAGUCCAUCAUCAAGCAAUUUCUUACCGAAGGAGACAAAAUGAUUAUCUCGAAGAUAUGUUCCCUGAUUGCACGAAUACUCUUUCAACCUAUUGAAGAGACUUCUCGUUUAUAUUUCUCAAGGAGCCUGUCGACAUCACAUUUACCAGAAAAAAAUCAAGAAUCUAGCUCGAAAAGUGCAGCGGUUCCUGCUGGCAUACAAGGCUCCAUUGACCUGCUGACCAAUCUGAUCCAAUGCCACCUAUCUUUGGGGCUAAUAUUUGUCACAUUUGGGCCGCCAUAUGUCCGGCUGGGAUUAUGGAUGCUACUUGGCCCACGAUCGGCGUAUCUGCACGAAGGCCCUAGCUCCACGAUCGUCCAGGUUCUCCGGGCGUACUGUUACCUGCUCCCACUUCUGGGUCUGAACGGGAUACUUGAGGCAUUCGUGCAAUCUGCGGCGCACGAGAUUGAGCUGAACCGGAUGAGCAAGUUGAUGACCAUCUGGUGUGCGAUCUUUGUGGGAGCCGUCGCGCUCUUCAGCUCUUCGUGGGCUUCGGGAACGCUCCUCAUUACCGCUGAAGUAGCCAUCGUCAUCGCCACCGGUGUCAACAUGAUCUGCAGGAUCGUCUAUGGAUGGAGGUUCUCCAUUCGUUAUGUCCAACGCAGAGCCGCCGCCCAAACACUCUUGCUCUCCAAAGCUGCUCCCUCCGCCAUCACCAUAGCUGCAUUUAUCAUCGCUGCCAUCAUUACCAGGUCGAGUGAGUUUCGCUACUCUGAAUCCUUCGCCACGGAGAAACCAGGCGAAAGACUAUUCUCCAAGGCCCUCCUCAGCCAUUUAUUAUGUGGUAUUGGCUCCCUUUUUGGAUGUCUCUGUGUCAUGGCUGUCUCUCAGCGUUCGCGCAUCGGUGAAAUCAUUUCAUCUGUGACCAAUCGACCAAAAUCAGAAUAA